AUGCUUAUUGUUGGUCUCACUGGCGGCAUCGCCACAGGAAAGUCGACGGUGUCUAAGCAAUUAGUAGAAAAGCAUAAGUUGACGGUGGUAGAUGCUGACUUGAUAGCAAGAGAAGUCGUUUAUCCAGGUAAAAGUGCCUACAACAAGAUCGUAGAAACUUUUCAAAAGGAUGUGCCCGACUUGGUGAACCCAGAAGAUUUGUCACUUAAUAGAGCUGCUUUAGGAAAAGCAGUCUUUGGAAAUAAGGAAAGAUUGGCCAAGUUGAAUGCUAUAGUCCAUCCAGCUGUCAAAUGGGAGAUAGCUCGCCAGAUAUUGAGAGCUUACAUCAGCUUUAAAGAAUUGGUGAUUCUUGACGUGCCCUUACUCUACGAAAGUGGUUUACAUAAAGUCUGUGGAUUAGUUAUAACAGUUUCGUGUGGUAAGGAUAUCCAGAUUCAUCGUUUGCUAGCAAGAAACCCAGAGUUGACCACGGAAGACGCCGAAAAGAGAGUUAAUAGCCAACUCCCAAUUGAAAUCAGAAAUUACAGAGCUGAUUUGGUUAUUGAUAACAGCAAAGAUCUCGCCAGCUUACAAAGAUCGGUGGACUCCAUUGUUCACGAGAUUAGACCUUACCGUUUAAUGACCAUUCUCGACUAUUUCCCACCUUUCGCUAUAUUAUCUGCAUUAUAUACGUUUUCGUUAAAGACACUUAUAGAGAAGUUCAAGGGCAAACGUCCACCCAAGCUGGACUAG